AAUCGCUUCCCAUUUGGCACCAUGACAACCACCAGGCUCCUCCUCCUCGUCACCAUCUUCUCUUUUCUUCACUACUUGUAUGUCUCUUCCUUCGAGUACCAAGUCGGAGAUCACAAAGGUUGGGCCGUCCCCCCCGCCAAUGACACCAGAAUCUACAACGACUGGGCCUCCGAGAACCGCUUCCAAGUCGGCGACACCGUCCGAUUUAAGUACAAGAAGGAUUCUGUCAUGAAAGUAACUGAAGAAGAGUACAAGGAAUGCAACUCUAGUCACCCCAGUUUCUUCUCCAACACAGGCAAUACUCUGUACAAGCUUAAUCAUUCAGGGCCUUUCUACUUUGUUAGUGGAGUUUCUGGCCACUGCGAGAGGGGACAGAAGAUCAUCAUUAAGGUUAUGGCCCCUGAAGAAGAUUAUCCUUCCCAUGGUGGCGCAAAAAAAUCUGCAGCUUCUCGUUCCCUAAGUUUACCUUCAGGAGUGUUUAAUCUUGCUACAUGUGUUCAACUUCUCUUGUCUUACGUUGGUUCUCACGUCUUCUUCUAGGUUUAUUUAAUGUUGGUUCUUUUUUUACUUUGCUCUUGUUCCCACUUUUUGCAGAUUUUUAGCUUAAUGAACAUUUACUUAUGUGGGAUUAAUUAGUUUUUUAAAUCUUUUC